CAUAAAAUGACAUUUCCCGGGAAAAGGUCAAAAAUGGUUAUUUUUGAAUCGUAAAUGGUUUAAUAGUUUCUAGCGUGCACGAGUGGAGAAAACAAAUACAGUAUAAAACUCUCCAUAAUUUCACUCAAAUUUAAUUAGUAAUUUUGUAUAAUUAUUAUAUAAUCGACAUUGACUAGUUGAAACAUGAGUGUACCGUUUCUUCUCAGAUGUUAUUAAAAGAAUUAAAUUACGUUUGGCGCUUUUUUCGGUAACAGUAUUCAUACGGACAAAUUAUGUUGCUAAGGCAAUUCAUCUCAGCUAGCAACGCCGUCGAAGAAAUUUACAUCGUCAAAAAGGAAACCGACAGUGACGGUGAUGACGAGAAUCCGCCGCUCAACCGGCUGCUACCGGAAAGUGGUAUCGUGCCGGCUUCGAUGACCUUGCCCGGUACCAUUGACGGAAUCAGGUGUGAAACAUUUGGCACCGGUGGAGAACUACCCGAUGUCGUGGAAAUCAAGAGCGAACUAGAGGACGGGGAUGAUGAUGAUACGGUAAGGGAUGAUCAACAAGUUGUUUCUCCAUCAGGGAUAGAGGUCGAUGCUGCCGGGCAGCAGAAUCUGAAAACGGAAUCCAACGUUGGAGAUGACGUGGAUGAAGAUAAUAUCCCUCUUGCACAGAGAAAGAAAAAAAUCAGACGAAUUACGCGGAAAAAGCUUUCGUUAAAAAAGUGUGAAACGUCGUCUGAUUCUUUCUGCGCUGUGAAUACAAUUUUUUCGGAAGGUUCAACUUCUAGCGAUGAAGAGAGUAAAGUUUUCAAAGAAUCCCUUUGUAAUAUAUGCAGUACCAAAUUCGAUAAACGCCAAGAGCUAAUACGACACUUGCGAAAAUUUCACUGCAACUUGCUGCCUUUUCGAUGCGAGGUAUGUGUCAGCGGCGAACAAAAAAGUCUAGGCUCUUUAAACAAACAUUUUGCCCUUCAUGAUCCUUUGAAACCAUUUAAAUGCUACUACUGUGCUGCUCGCUUUUCCGCGAAAAUUCAUCGGACUGCGCAUCAGCGAAGAUACCAUCGCGAGGACCUAGAAAACGAUACCAUCCGCAAUGCAAACCGCCGCUUUGUUUGUCGCUAUUGCAAUAAACGAUUCGCUGCAAAGUUUAACUUGGAACGUCACGAGCGGGGCCACGAAGUCAAAAUCACCGCGAAUGAACAGUUUCCGGAUCGUCGUCACCAAUGCUUUCUGUGCGUUGAUUCCAAACCUUUUUCCUCGAAGGAUGAAUUGAUCCAACACCUGACGGGGCACGUAGACAAACUGCCUUACGUUUGCAAUCGCUGCGACCAGCCGACGACCAUUACCUCGAUCCGACUGUUGAACAAACACCUCGCUUCCCAUGAAGAACCGGAGCAACCAAUCAAGUGUGUGUACUGCAGCAAGCGAUUCAUAUCGGUUAUGUCCUGCCAGACACACGAACGAACCCACGUUCAGGAGAAGGAAGCGGAUGAAGUUGCGGUGGCCAAACUGGAAAGCAAACGGAUAUCGGCCAAAAUCAUCAUCGUCGACGGGAUGAAGCGGUACGAGUGCAGCUAUUGUGGCAAUUCAUAUUCGCUGUUAAGUACACUGCGGCGGCACGAGAACAUUCACACCGGUAAGGUGCAGUACGUGUGCAAAGUGUGCGGCAAGAUAUUCAACAAAUCGUCCUGUCUGCUGCAACAUGAGCGCACCCAUUCCCAGGAUACGCCGUACAAGUGCGAAAUUUGUAACCGUGGGUUUAAGGAAACCAUUCGUCUUAUCGAACAUCGUCGCAUUCACAGUGGAGAGCGGCCGUUCACUUGUAGGAUUUGUUUCAAAAGUUUUCGUAUUAAACCGCUGCUCAAAGAACAUGAACUGAUGUGUGGGACCAAGCAAGAAAACAUUGAAAGUCGCUGUCCAAUUUGCUCAGCCACAUUUCCCAAUUAUCGAUUGUUGGCAGAUCACUGCACCGGGAGCCACCCGGCUGCUAUCGAAGAAACCCGCUGUGAGUACUGCGAUCUAACAUUCAAGGACACUGCAUUGCUGAUCGAGCACGAAAACAACCAUCGCAAUCCGAACUCUAUUCGAUGCGGCGAAUGUAGCCGGAUUUUCAAACAGCUUUCUAAUCUACGUCGUCAUCAACGAUUGCACAGCAACGAUGCCAUUCCAUAUCAGUGUGAUAUUUGUGGCAAAAGUUUCUCGCAGGCAGGGGCGCUUAAAAUACAUAAGCGCAUACAUUCUGGUGAAAAGCCCUAUCAAUGUGAUUUGUGCUCCAAAACAUUCUAUCACAGUUCAACGAUGCAGCGUCAUAAAAAAUCACAUUUCAAGAGCAAAAGCAAACUGUUUUUGUUCGGUGAGCAACAGGAAAAACCAAAAGAUGAAGAAUCGGCACCGACCAUGGUUGAUAGUCUACCGGCGGCGGCGGUGGAACCGGCCAUUAGUGCCAGCCAGUCGAUGCCAACCCUUGUGCUGACUCUGGGUAAGGUAAUCAAACCUUUACCGAUGUUCGCGAAAGAUAAAGCCGAUUCCAUUCCGCUCACGGUAGAAUCGCAUCAACCACCAACAAUUCCUCAAACUAUUGGAAAUGGUAUGGAUACCUUGGCAAAUCUUGUCGUACAAUCCCGUCCGGAAAUGUACGUUCUAGACACCAAGUUGCUGAUACCGCAGACCGUUAUACAGCACCAGCAACAACAGCAGGAUAUUGCCAAAGAAGCUACAAUUGUAAAUAUUCAGCAACAUCAGCAGUUAUAGCGAAUCGGCAGUUUGAGCAUCGCUUCGAACUGGUCUUAUCGUCUACUAUUACGCUUUGGAAUUGAUUCAAUAGUGAGUAAUAAACUGAGAAAUGAA